GGGGCACGAUUACCAUGGAGACCCUGAGCCUGGGCCUGGGCUUGGGCUUGGGCUUCCUUUCUGCUUUCAUCUACUCUUAUUACUUAUGCAUCCGAAACAUUUACCUCAAGAGUUGCGGUGGUAGUCGAGAACGACCUGUAUCUGCAGAGAAGAAGCCUGGGGCGGCCGCUUUGUUCGUGACUGCGCACCCGGAUGACGAGUGCAUGUUCUUCGCCCCGGCCAUACUGCGGCUGACGGCCCGCCGCCUCUCCGUUCACCUGCUGUGCCUAUCCACAGGGAACUUCUACAUGCAAGGGGAGAUUCGGAAGAGGGAACUUCUGCAGAGCUGCGCUCUUCUUGGGAUCCCUUCAUCGUGUGUAACCAUUCUGGACCACAGAGAUCUUGCAGACAAUCCAGAACUACAGUGGGACCCAGAGCUCAUUGCAAAACUUAUCCUCAGAUACAUACAGAUACAUCACAUCAGCUUGGUGUUGACCUUUGAUCAAGAUGGAGUGAGUGGACAUGCCAACCAUAUUGCUGUUUACUCUGCAAUCAGGAAACUUUACUUAGAGAAGAAACUGCCCAAUGGGUGCCAAACGCUUUUACUCCAAUCUGUAAAUAUUCUCCGUAAGUACAUCUCCAUCCUUGAUCUGCUGAUCAGCUGGAUGAGACCCCAUCAUGUGAUGUAUAGCUUAGACAGUUGGGAAUAUCGACAGGCCAAGAGAGCCAUGUAUUGUCAUCAGAGCCAGCUACUCUGGUUCCGUCAUCUCUACCUAUACUUUUCCCGUUACAUGUUUAUAAACACUUUCCAUUUAAUGUCACAGUGAACAUUUGAUAACAACUCCCAACUAUUAUGUAUCAUCAAGUUCCUGAAGUGGUGUUCUGGAAGACCCUCCUGUCUGGAAAUUGUAUUAAAGACUGGGUGAAAAUAUAUCAACAAACCUUUCAUGGAAUUAUUUAGAAAUAUGAUGGCAAUUAAAAUGGAGGUGAAAAUUUUA